CAUAAUUAAUUCAUCUUGUCUUUUGACUCUACUACUGAACACUCUCAGGUUGGGGACAAGAUGGAGCCAAUCAAAUCACUGUGGAAGAAUUUCAUGUCAGAAGGGCACCGCCCUCCAGAAAAAGACUCAAAAGUUGUGGUCAUUGACACCAUCAUUCAUGAGCUUGAAUACCACAUCAAGGAACUGGAACGUAUCUCACACGAAAAAGAGGUUGACGACAGACGUCGGAAUACAGGUGUAGACUACAGUUGGUUAAUGAGUACAACUCCUAAAGGUUUUGAAAUCCCCCAACUUCAAAGACUAGAACUAGAAGAGCUGUGUUACAAAGUAAAACCAGAUGAAUGUGGAAAAAUCUUGUCUUUAUUUAGAGAUGCUCUAUUUAAUGACCCUUUACCGUCCCAUCUACCUCGAAUCAUGAGGUCCUGUAUAAUUCAGGUGUUAGAGCAAAGACCCAAGGAAGAAACCCUCAGCGAGUGGGUCACAAAGCGAACACUUAGUCUCACCAGAAUCCGUCCAAAUCCAAAAGUCUCUCCUUCACAGCAGGGAGAUCCUGAAGCUCCAAGCCAAGAAGAAAAUAGAAGAUGUUACAGUACACCUAUUUUACAAGCAACUACUGUCCAGGAAUUCAGACAAGGGGUUGAUACUCUACCUGUUUGAAUUAAUUUUCCUAGUCUUAAUCAACAAAUGACUCAAAGUAGAUAAAUCUUAUUGCAGUGCUGAAUACAUUUUACAAAUUGAUUAUUGUUGGUGCUAGAUUUCUAAGUCAGCAUAUUUUUAGCUACUUAUUUUAGUCUCUGUACAAUUUUUGCCAUAAAGGUUUAACCUAAUCACAAGAUGUCAAAAUUAGAGCUUUAAUGAAUCAUAUUCAGAUUCUGAAUAGAAAGUCAAAAAUUUACAUAUUUGAUUAGAUAAACUAGAUUUUUAUAUGUACCAUUAUUGAAUGUAUAUUAGAGGUAACAAAAAUUCUUGCAUCCAUGUAUAAAUUGGUGAUUUAUUUUAAAGAAUGCUUUGGCAUUAGUAGUUUCCAGACAAGUAGUCUGUGAUUAUUUAAACAAAUUGCGUACGAACAAGCAAAAUACAUGAAAUACAAAGGUAUUUGCUGAAUGCUUCUCAACCCAAUUUUUAGGGCAAACAAAGAGAUUUUUAAAGAUG